GACAGGAGGCAGCGCUAGGUCCUGCUCCACAUCCUCGAUAUCAACAGAUGGUGGCCGUCUGCUGCGGACUUUUUGACAUUUUACUAGUUUCUUUGGAGCUCAGAACCGAAAAGAGGUAAUCUUUAUGCUGCAGUUGAAUUUAGAGAUGAAGUACGUUGUGGAUUGUAGUUAUUGACACAAUUGUUUCUUUUUCAGGGAUAAUAAUCAUGGCUUCCACCAACUCAUCACAGCCUGUCAGUGAGGAAGAUCUCAAAGCAUUGAAGGAGAGAAUGAAAAUAAUUUCGGAUGCUGACCCUCAACAAUAUCACAAUGAUUUUUCAUUGAAGCGAUACUUACGAGCCUUUAAAACUGUGGACAGUGCCUUUCAGGCAAUCUUGAAAACAAAUAAAUGGCGUGUAGACUAUGGCGUUCCAGAGCUGACAGAAGAUAAUCCCCUCGUUCAAAAACACAUGGAGCAAAACAAAGCUAGAGUACUGAGACACCGUGACAUGAGUGGUCGUCCAGUUGUUUACAUCCCUGCUAAGAAUCAUAAUGUGAACGACAGAGAUAUUGAUGAACUUACCAAAUUCAUUGUCUACUGUUUGGAAGAAGCUAGCAAAAAAUGCUUUGAGGAGGUUGUGGACAACUUGUGCAUUGUGUUUGACCUUCGUGACUUUGGGCUGAGCUGUAUGGACUACCAAGUUCUAAAGAAUUUGAUUUGGCUUCUCAGUAAGCAUUAUCCAGAGCGUCUGGGCGUAUGCUUAAUCCUUAAUGCUCCUACUCUGUUUUCUGGCUGUUGGGCUGUAAUCAAAGGAUGGCUCGAUGAAAAUACAUCCAGCAAAGUUCUGUUUGUCAGCAGUGAAGAGGAGCUCUGCAAAUACUUGAUACCAGAUAUUCUUCCAACCGAUAUUUGAAUCUCAUUCAUCUGAUCUUAGAUUGAGUACCUACGUACUGGAAAAGUAUUGUCAAACUACUUUUCAUACAACAUCACAGCCUCUUAAGCUAACUUCCUUGUAAGUAGGAUUUCCUACACAAAUUUCUAUUUUAAAAUCUAAUUAAAUCCAGGUACAGUUAUCUCUUGUUUACUGUAUUUGGUUUUUCAAAUUAUGGGGAAUAACACUACCUAGCCCCAUAGUGUAUUUUUAUCCUUUAAAAUCAUAUGUACCUGUCAACAGAGAACACAAUUUCGUUCUGUAGAUGCUUAUUCUGAUAGAUUUAUUUAUAUUUGUUUCUUCUGAUGCCAGUUUUUUCUUCAUCGGUGAGCGUUCUUCCAACCUUAGUCAAGAUGCACUUAUAAAUCAUAAUCUUCAAUGUUGAUCCAGUUUAAGGUGUUAAAUACAUUCCUGUUAUUUUAUUUAUUAUAAUAUACUUUAAGAGAAAAUACAUUUAAAUAACUUUCUGGUCAUUAGACAGAGGUGCAAAACAAUGUGUUUCUGUUCAUUUAUUUGUUUUCAAUCCUUGACCAGGAAAUAUUGUUCUCAUUUUUCUAUUUAGUCCAAACUUACUAGAAAUCUGUGAUGAAUUUGUAGUGUGUAUUUGAGAUGGGCUGUGUGAACCCUCAUUUAUAUAUUGAAGAUGUAUUCAAGUCACCAUAUGGGGAAUCACAGUUUCUUUGAAUAAUGUGCUCUAAAUUUUCUUUUUAAUGCAGUUUCAAAUUUUAUCUAGUGCUUCUUUUCCCCCCUCACCAAAAAUAUAGAAUAUGAAACAAAUAUUGUAUGUUUCUCAUUAUCUGUUAGAAUUUUUGAAAGUGUUUAGUUCCUCGUUAGAAAUGCACCAGAAUUUUGAAAAUGUUUCAGUAUUUACUUGCAUCCAGACAAAUGACCCCUCGGUAAUUUCCAUUCCUCAAAUACAAGGUGCAAGUUAUUAGGCUUUCCUUGGAUCUUUUGAAGGUGAGUGGGGAUCAUGUGCAUGUGAGUUUUGUGUGUAAAUACCUACAUUAUGCUUUUGAACCCAACAAAGUAUUUGGUUAGAGCCUCCUAAUGACUUGGGAAGUUGUAAGUUGUUUUGGGGACCAAUGUUCAAACAUUACAUUUGGAAAACUGUGGCCUACAGUAUUAUGAACCUAAGCUUUGUUAGUCACUGUUUUUGUGCUUUGUCAAUUUUGUUGUUUUGUCAACACUUUUAUUUAAACUAAACAGAUGUGAAAGUUGGGCCUGAGAAGUAUUUUACUCAGUAAGUUACUCUUAUUGGAAUGCAUGUAAGUGCAUCAAACAUGCAUAUCUGUUUAUGCUGCUGCCAUGCCAUAUUCUUUACUCUGAUGCCAUUAUUUUUAACUUCUUAAAUUACCGUAUGUGUUGGGAAGUUACCUGAGUAGUAUUGUCUUCUAAAUGUUUGUUGUUUUGUUCUAUUUAUGCAUUUUAUCUUGAGUUGUACUCAGCAAGAUUUUAAGGAUUGAAAAUGUACCACUACAGGAAGCUGCUUUCAAAAUGAAUAGGUAUAUUUCUUCCAGACUGCAACAUUGACAUUUGUAAUGCUGUAGUAAUUUUCUUUUAAAUGACUUGCUCAAGGAAUUCUAGUGAUGCUGUUUUUUAUGCAUUUUUCUGUAUCUCUCUGUACUAUAGCAUUGGUCGGUCAUAAGGUGGUAAACUGGUACUGUCACUGUCAAUGUUUGUUUUCAUUUGUUUUGGCUUGUAUUUUUUUAUGUUGCUGCUUGACUGAUACAUUAAUUUUUGUUUCUUGUGUGGAUAGAUUGUUGAUAUCCACACCCUUACAUGAAGUAAUAAACUCCUUUGUCUUCUCAGAA